UGUAUCUUGGGGACACGUCUAUACUAGAUUUGAUUUUCCACGUGAAACUUGAUGCGUCAAAAGUAGGGUGGAAGAAGUUGAACCGAUGUGCCAAGUGCAGGAUGACCUUAGUGUUGCCAGCGUUUUGUAGUAACUGCCCAAACUCUUCCCUGUUUUGUAGUAACUAUCCUCCAAACUCUUCCCUGUUUUGUAGUAACUACCCUUCAAACUAUUCCCUGUUUUCUGAAAAUAUAAACGUACCAAGCAUGCCUUGUGGCUUUGACAGCGAACCUUUGGAUUUUGAAUCUGUAUUGUUUUCAGUUGAAUGGCCGUCGACGUUACGCGAUUUGCCCGAGACAACUCAGGACAGCGACUCAUCGAAAAUGACUGCAGGGUCAGCUUGUGGUAACAGCCCCGAGGGUAGAGAGCUGCCCUCUACCGACAACAAAAGAAAACUCCAUCAAGAUGAAGAUUUCUCAGUAAAACGGCAAAAGAAAGAGUAUGAAGAUGUUACCAUGGUUGAAGACAACAAAGAAGUUAAUCCAGCCACUACUGGUCUGGUGUCAGAUGUGGAAGAGAAGUGUGGAGAAAAUGCUAGCCAGCACUUGGAGAAAUGUCAUGAUCAGGAAAUGCCAAUGGAUGAUAUAAUGCUUCCUACUCGUCGGCGCGUACCUCAGCUGUGGAAUCCGCGCAUGCGUUGGAAAGACGAACGACGCAAAGUUUUAAAGCUUUCGAUGAACAAGUUGCGUCGUAUCAAGGACCCAGAAGGUUCUCUGUGUCGCUCCGUUCUCAUCAAUAAUACUGUCAAAUGUUUGCAGAAGGAGAUCCGUGAAGAAAAAAGUGCCCGCCACCGCGUUAUGGGAAGAACCUGUUAUGUUUUAGACUCUGACUCACUCGCAUCCCACUCAACUUCUAGAAGCUGGACCUUCGAUGCUGAGCCUUCUGAUGUCAUUCCUAGAAAACCUCGAAGCGAUUCUGUUUAUUUUUCUUCAUGCAGUGAAGAUAUAACUAACUACGAUGAAAUAUUUGGUCUGGACGAAGAGGUUUUAGGAGCUGAUGCGUCAUGUAGACAAACCAGGCUACAAACACUCAUUUCUGAACAGUUAGUUAACUGUGACGCGGAUGCUUGCACGUGUACAACCCAUACUAACAGGAAUGUCGUUAGUGGCUAUCAAAAACAUCCUCAGACAUAUAGUUACAAAGGAAAGAUUGUGGACGAUCAUAAUUCGCGCCAUCAAACAGCAUCACCCAACCCAUGUGCUACCCAAUACCGCAUCAGCCAUGACUCAUUCCUGUCAGAUGGACUCAUCUCUCAAAGCGUAUCAGUCUUGGACUCGGUUGUGUAUCAGAGUUUAUUAGCAUCUUUAGAAUCGUGAGGUGAAAUUAAAUAUUUGCUAAAAAAUAUUUGUAAUAGGCAUUGCUAUUAUGGCAUCCUUUCAAACUAUAUCAAGUGAUCUCUGUUCGUUUUUUUUUUGUGUUGUUUAUCACAGAAUGUGACUUAAACGUAAAUAGCACGGUGUGUGCGGGCAGCUGUGAAGUUGAAUAUUACAAUAAAAGCGUUAACAAGCGUGUUCAUUGUCCUACUUUGGCACGGGUUAGGCUAGUUGAGAGAGACUACGCACAGUAUGUGGGUCACAGGGGGUACUGGCCCUCUUAGUUAGGAUCAGAAUAGAAGAACAACAGAGAAACCAUGUGUAAUUAUAAGCAAGACACUUCUCAAGUGCUAGUGGCCUAUAAAAUGUUAACCUUAUAUUUUGCAUUACUUCAGUGAACGUCAACUACAGUAUUCCCAGGUGCACGGGAUCUUUGCACUUCCGUUACAACAUUGGGGUUGUGUUGAAACAUAGCAUUGCCUAGUUUGUAAAACGUUUUUUUCUUUAAAUUUACUAUUUCUAUCAUCAUUUAAUAAUUUAGACAGUUUGUGAUUAUAAUGUUAAGAUGUUGUUAAUUAUUGCUAAUAAUUUAAUAGUAAGUUGUAUUUAUUUAGUUUAAAUAUGAAGGAUUUUGUGAUUAUUUAAGGGCCUGCUAAACGAGUGUAAUAAUUGUUUCGAAACAGUGAACAGCUAGCUAGCUACCUUUUACAUUUUGGAUGUGAACAAACCUGCGAUAAUAGUUUUGUGAUGCUAAAUAUCCCCGUGCUGUAAACACGCAGCGGGUGCUGUCGGUGGAAUUGAGUUCAAGGUUGCGCGAUUUUAUAUUAGGACACGAUACAACGAGGAACCCGCUAAUAGGGGGCGCUGUACAAAAUUAAUAAUAGCAAACAAACAAAUAAAUACAUGUAAAACGCAGUGUUUUCACCUUAUAAACUUAUACUUUAUAUUUGAGAUAAAUAUAAUUCAUUACAUUAUAUAUGUAUAUAUUUAUUAUUUUAAAUAAUUCACUGGUAGUAGUUAUUGAAGUUUUACAUAUAAUACAAAUGAUAAUUAAGAGAACGGUGUAAUUUUUGAUGUUGGUCCCAUUAUGAAAAAAAAAAUGCAAUAAAUACCAUGAACCACAGCGUCCAAGAUUUUUUUCAAAGCACUAGCCAUCUUGUUUAAAAAUGUAAAUCAUGAAUUUUCUAUACGUCAGAAUGCAUGAUGAAUCGUUCAAACUUUCUGGGUAAGAUACUACAAGACUCCUCUUUGUUGUGUGUUUCUUGAUUAUUUUAACUAAAACCUGUGUUACAAGUUUCCAAUUUUUUAUCUGUUUUGAUCUAGUACAUACAUACCUUUGUAACAUAAACUAUUAAAUCCCCUUAUUGUUUGUUACAUGUAUUAACUAUUAUGAGAUGAUGGCCAACCAGCGCCACGUGCCUGGGCUUUCCCAGCAGACCCUCACCUAGUUGUUGUGACCUUCUACUCGCUUAACAAUUUAUCAGGACUCCUAGGAAGGUCAGUCAGUUGGUGAGCGAAAAUCUUGGAUACGUGGAUGAAAAUAUACUUGCGUGUUUAUGUACCAACAGCGUUUAGAAUGAGGAGGCAAAGCUGGAAACCUGGAUUACACAUGCUGCUCCGGAAAUGGUGCUUUAAUUAGCCAGCACUUGAAGAGCAGCGUUUAUUAAAUUACAAUAACAUUUAUUCAAAUACUGAAAUGACAAACACAGAAACCGUUCAAUAGUCAGAGUUGUGCAGUGCUGAUUAUCAUUAAUACACGAACCAAGGGAUGAAAAGGCUUAGCGCGAAUUUUCAAAACAAAAUGCUUAUUGCAUGGUGCAAAGUCUUUAUAUUUUAUACCAUAUGACAUAAUCGUUGACGACCUGACCAUGGAAACAAAUACUUGUAAAUAGUUCCUUUUUUUUUCUUUCUUAGUCUUCAUUAGGCUUGUCGUUGCCAAUUUGUGGUGUUUGUUAUACAGAUGGGGAUUUGUAAUCAUAUGGAUAGAAUUAUAUUAAGUAGAUUCUUAUCGAGGAAUACGAAACUAUAUAAUGUUCUAACGUUUUGUUCAAUUGAUAAUAUUAGAUUGUGUAAUUUCUUUGUAAUUGUUGCGCUUAUCGCAACAAUAUAAUGUAACUGCUUAUUAUUGUUGUAAUGUGAAAAGUGCCCAGUGCCUGGUAAAUAUGAUUUGCGGCCGUUGAAACUUUAAACGAAUAAUUUAAUUAUUAAGCAGGUGAAACAUUGUAAGACUUUAAGUAGUUUUUCGUUUAACAUUUAAAAAAGAAAUGUUUCCCAUUUGUUGAAUUUCUUGAGUUUAAAAGUUAAAUUAUAAACGUUGAAAGUUAAAUGGAGAUUAUAGUUCUACCAGUUGGUGUGCCCAUCAAAUAAAGAACUAUAACGUUGAUAUUGAAAUGUAAAGCUUGUUAUUUGAUAUUGUUUAAUAUAGGAACAUGAGCGUUUUUAUUGUACUUAAAGUGAUGCCUUCUAUCAAAUAGUCUCGUGACUUCGACCACUCUUAUUACAAUAUAGGGUUUUUUUGUGGAUCACUGUUUUAAACACAUUUGUACAUGAUUCCUAUCCGUCUUUUUAAAACUAUUGAAAGAAAGGAUCUCGCGUUCUCUGUAAAACGCUGUUCAUCGCCUGGUAGGCAUAUCUACAUCUUUGUUUAUAACCAGCAAUCAUGUCACUGGCCAUUUUAACAAAUGCCUCUAAGACUUUGUGAUAGCUUUAGUUUUUGUGGGUUACGUGAUACUGUAGGUACAUUUCUUAUCGAUUAAAUUAGUCUGUAUAAAGAUUUGUAGUAAUUUCUUAAAUGGCAUUUUCUUAAAACUAUUUUAAAAGAACAUUUCAUAUCUUCAUCUUCAAUAUGCCUAAACCUGGAAAUCUGCGAUUUUUCUCGAGAUGUGUAUAUAUAUAUAAAACAAUGUAUAUACAUAUAUAACAAUACAAACAUUUCAGCAACGUAGCUUUUUUUCAACUACAUCUUCAAGUCAUAAUAUUUCGAUAGUUUUUCUUUGCAGGGUAUGUUUAAGUUUGUAAUUUUUAUCAAAUUAAACUUUCACGAUGAUGGAAGAAAAGACAUUGAUCCUUCAGAACUUCCGAUUUAUUUAUUUUAUUUUGUCUAAGUUAUGUGGAAUUUGGAUGCCAGUGGCUUUAAAAGUUUUUGUUCAAAACUAUUCAGUCAAACUUUCCAAACUGGUAUUAUCUGCUAAAAAGUGCAAUUUUUUAAAAUCUUUUUCAGUCAUUUCACGACAUAAUUACUUACUAAGCCCAACUAUGUAGUUGUAUUUUGUACUUAAGUGCCGACAAGGCUCUACAAUUGUUUCACAGCUGGAGAAGACUGUGUUUAUUAUUCAUUGUAUUCUCUUUGACAGAUAAUUAUUUGAGGUAAUAUAAAGAUUUCUUUUCCUAUAUAAGAAUACAUUUUAUUGUGUCAGUGAAUUCUGAAGAAGUGUGUAUAUAAGUUGGAUAACGGGCGGCCGAAACAGUCGGUUUGUCUAAUAAGCUCUUUUAUGCUGCUGUGUAUGUUAUAUGUAAAUGUGCUACGGAUGUUGCAGAAACAGUUCAUGUACAGCUAGUACUUAAUGUAUUUUCGUAAAUAAACAAGCAAUAGUAAAAA